GUGUGUGCUGUGGCCGCCUGUCUGUGUGCGCGCGGCGCGGUUACAGAUGGGCCAGCGGAUUGCUCGUGAAUGAACAGCCCGGCUCCUCGCAGUCAGAUGGCCCCUGUGAUGGCAGUGCUACACAUUCUACACGGUCUCGCUUUAUUGUUAUGGAUAACGCCACCUAUCCGGGCUGUAGAAGAUGUGCUGAUGGACUCGAUGACGGCUACGGCAGAGCUGGGCUGGACAAUCUACCCAUCAGUAGGGUGGGAGGAGGUGAGUGGCUACGAUGAGAACAUGAACACCAUCCGCACCUACCAGGUGUGCAACGUGUUCGACGCCAAUCAAAACAACUGGGUGCGUACCAAGUACAUCCGGCGGCGAGGGGCUCAGCGAAUCCACGUCGAGAUCAAGUUCUCCGUGCGAGACUGCAGCAGCAUCCCUAAUGUACCGGGCUCAUGCAAGGAAACCUUCAACCUCUACUACUUCGAGUCUGACGCGGACAUAGGCACUAAAGUCCACCCUCCGUGGAUGGAGAACCCCUGGACCAAGGUGGACACCAUCGCAGCCGACGAAAGCUUCUCGCAGGUGGACCUAGGCGGACGGGUGAUGAAGAUCAACACGGAGGUGCGCAGCUUCGGACCCGUUUCUCGCAACGGCUUCUACCUGGCGUUUCAGGACUACGGCGCCUGUAUGUCGCUCAUCGCCGUCAAGGUAUAUUUCCGAAAGUGUCCGCGCAUUGUCCGGAACGGAGCCGUCUUCCCAGAGACUUUGUCAGGAGCUGAGAGCACUUCUCUGGUGGCGGCUAGAGGGACCUGCGUACCCAACGGAGAGGAAGUCGACGUGCCGAUUAAACUUUACUGCAACGGAGAUGGCGAGUGGCUGGUCCCUAUCGGCCGCUGCAUGUGCAAAGCAGGAUACGAGGCGGCUGAGAAUGGCACCGUCUGCAAAGCAUGCUCAUCUGGAUUUUUCAAACCAUCCCAGGGAGAUCAGCUGUGCCAGCAGUGUCCUAUCAACAGCCGCACCACUAAUGAGGGAGCUACUAACUGCGUUUGCCGCGUUGGCUACUACCGCACCGAUUCAGAUCCUGCACAGAUGCCCUGUACAACUGUGCCCUCUGCCCCUCAGAGAGUCAUUUCCAGUGUAAACGAGACAUCCUUGAGGCUCGAGUGGAUUCCUCCUCGUGACAGCGGUGGCCGAAAUGACCUCGUCUACAACAUCAUCUGCAAAAGCUGUGGCUCGGGCCGAGGUCCCUGCACACGCUGCGGAGACAACGUGCAGUUCGCUCCGCGCCAGCUGGGCCUCACCGAGCCGUGGGUGCACAUCAGCGAGCUCCUCGCCCACACCCAGUACACCUUCGAGAUCCAGGCGGUGAAUGGUGUAUCUGACCAGAGCCCCUAUUCGCCCCAGUUUGCCUCGGUCAACAUCACAACUAACCAGGCUGCUCCAUCAAUGGUGUCCAUCAUGCAUCAGGUGAGCAGGACUAUCGAUAGCAUCACAUUGUCAUGGUCUCAGCCUGACCAACCCAACGGAGUCAUACUAGACUACGAGCUGCAGUACUUUGAGAAGAACACAGCUGAGCUCAACUCUUCGUCGCUGAGAAGCCAGACGAAUACAGCUGUAGUCCGAGGCUUGAAGCCAGGCACCAUCUAUGUGUUCCAGGUGCGAGCACGAACAGUCGCAGGCUUUGGACGUUUCAGUGGGAAGAUGUACUUCCAAACCAUGACUGAAGAGGAGUACGAUUCCAGCCUGAAGGAAAAAUUGCCACUUAUCAUCGGCUCUGCAGCCGCAGGCGUUGUUUUUCUCAUCUCAGUCAUCGUGCUCAUCAUCGUCUGUAACCGGAGAGGCAGUGACAGGACAGAAUCGGAGUUAUCAGACAAGCUCCAGCAUUACACUAGCGGCCACUUGUCGCCAGGUAUGAAGAUCUAUAUUGAUCCCUUCACGUAUGAGGAUCCCAACGAGGCUGUACGGGAGUUCGCUAAAGAAAUAGACAUGUCCUGUGUGAAGAUCGAGCAAGUCAUCGGUGCAGGUGAGUUUGGGGAGGUGUGCAGCGGAAACCUGCGCCUGCCUGGAAAGAGAGAGAUCCUGGUAGCCAUCAAGACACUGAAGUCUGGCUACACUGAAAAGCAAAGGAGGGACUUCCUGAGCGAAGCCAGCAUCAUGGGCCAGUUUGAUCACCCCAACAUCAUCCACUUGGAGGGCGUGGUGACAAAAAGCUGCCCUAUCAUGAUCAUCACUGAGUUCAUGGAGAAUGGAUCGCUGGACUCUUUCCUUAGGCAAAACGACGGGCAGUUUACAGUGAUUCAGCUGGUCGGUAUGCUGCGUGGCAUUGCAGCUGGUAUGAAGUAUCUGUGUGAUAUGAACUACGUGCACCGAGACCUGGCUGCUCGGAACAUCCUUGUCAACAGCAACCUGGUGUGCAAAGUGUCGGACUUUGGGCUUUCUCGCUUCUUAGAGGAUGACACAUCGGACCCUACCUACACCAGUGCCCUAGGAGGGAAGAUUCCCAUCCGUUGGACUGCACCAGAGGCCAUCCAGUACAGGAAGUUCACCUCCUCCAGUGACGUGUGGAGCUACGGCAUCGUCAUGUGGGAGGUCAUGUCCUAUGGAGAGAGACCAUACUGGGACAUGAGCAAUCAAGAUGUGAUUAAUGCCAUAGAGCAGGAUUACAGGUUACCUCCUCCUAUGGACUGUCCCAGUACGUUGCAUCAGUUAAUGCUGGACUGCUGGCAGAAAGACAGAAACAACCGGCCUAAAUUCAGCCAGAUCGUGAACACCCUGGACAAAAUGAUCCGCAACCCCAACAGCCUGAAAGCCACCACCCCUCUUUCUUCAGGCGUUCACCUACCUCUACUGGACCGCAGCACUCCAGACUUCUCCAGCUUCAGUACAGUGGAUGAAUGGCUGGAUGCUAUAAAGAUGGGGCAGUACAAGGAUAACUUUGCCAAUGAGGGCUUCAGCUCCUUUGAUGCUGUUUCCCAAAUGACUCUGGAUGAUAUCCUUAGAGUAGGAGUGACUUUGGCCGGCCACCAGAAGAAGAUUCUUAACAGCGUGCAGAUGAUGCGAGCUCAGAUGAACCAAAUCCAGUCGGUGGAGGUUUGACCCUCGUGCUUGGAGGCUCUCAGACUGACUCCCUCCUUCAUCAGCCCCCCUGGCUUCAGAGUUCAGCUGUACUUCUUCCUGUGGAGAUGUCCCCAACAGGGAAGAUCCCCAGGAGGGACUCCCACACAGCAAACACCCCCCCAAAACCACCAGCACGCCGUAGACAGGAUGGAGUCGGACUGUGAUGUCUGGAGGCUCACUCGUGUACUGUGUUAUUAUGAUGAUGAUGAUUUUAAUUGCAAGUAUAAGAUUAAGGACUCAAAGGGAGAUGCUGAUCAUCACCAGUCAGAUUAUAAGACCUUUUAAAGGGGCUAUAAGUUAAAAUCCAAUUUUUUUCGUCAUUUACUGUACAUUAUAGCAGUACUACAGUAGUCAUGGUAAAAAUUGUUGACAGUACAAUGUUAAAAAAAAAGGUUGACAGUAAAAGUAGAGCACAGAGUGGCACAGUAAGGAAAAGAGAGAAUUAUCGAAAUGGACCAUGGACAAAUGGCACAAAAAUGAGCCUCUUACACUCCUGUCGAUGCCAUAUGGUGAGGAAGAAUCCAUGUGGCAACCCAUGAGGAGCAAUGUAGAAAUUGUGAAAAUUAGCGGCAAACAAGCCUGGGAUACACUUACUGUUAAGAUUGUGUUUUUCUUUUUUUAUUGGUAUACACUCCCUGGCGACUUUAUUAGGAACACCAUACUAAUACCACGUAUUUGCUGUCAAAACAGGGUCUACAAGGUGUUUGUAACUUUUCUUUGAAAUUCCAUGGUAUAUGACAUGCUUGCAUAAAAAAAAAAUGUAACUGCUAAAUUUGUGAGCUACACAUUCAUCCAGCUAAUCUCCUGUUCAACAUUCCAAAGGUGCUUUAAUGAAUUAAGAUCUUGUGACUGACGAGAAGUACAAUGAACUUGUUGUCAUGACCGUGGGACCUGUAUGAGACAACUGGUGCCCAACAGGGGCAGCUUAAUAGAGGAAGAAAUUGAGAUUAUGACCAUCCAAUCAGUAGCACAGUACCUUAACAAGCCAACGCUAAUUUUCAGCCGUCUAGUUUUGGUGCACCUGUACUGAGUGAAGCUACAGAUUCCUACCCUAGGCUAAAAGGACAGGAUUCUGGUGUGGUUAUCAGCUGUUGUAGCCCAUUCUCCUCAAAGUUUGAAGUGUUGUGCAUUUUAAAAACUUUAGUUCUAACUAUAGUUAUAAAGUGGUUAUUUGAGUUUGUAACGGGUUUCAUGCAUGGGUGGCACUACAAACACAGGCAUAAGGUGAAGUCUUAAGAUAUACAUUUUAUUUAGAAAAAAGGCGAAGGUAAAGGGUUAAAGAAGGAAGGACGGAAGAAAGGGAAGGAGGGCAUGUAAAUGUGUGCACAUGCAGGUCUGGUGGCAGUGCCGAGCUAGCAUGCAGGCACAGGAAUGGGGUCCUUGACAUGGAUGUGCAGCGCCCCUUCUCUUCAGGCUACAGGAUUCCGAAGACUGGCUUCAUGCAGGAGUGCGAGUGCAGCGGAAGCGUAUGCAGUGUUCACGCAGCUGUCCUCCUUGCGGGUCCCUGGGGCGCGGUACAUUACACAGCUUGCAUGCCACUCUUUCACAUUUUUUGCUGUCUGCUGCACAACGCUCCUACUUGAAUCCACAGCGCGAGGCCAGACAGACCCCGAGUUACACUGCCUGCCUUGUUUUUAUAAGGGAAGAAGCUCGAGUUCGCAGUCAUGCCUGUUUCCAGUGGCCUGCCCUCAUUGCGCACCCGCAAGUGUGAGGCCGUCUACCUACUGAGCCUAUGGAGCUAGUAAGCUGCGAUGACCGAUUGCACGCCCAUCACUGAUGCAUGCCAUGACACUGGAACUGCCUGUCCGUGAGGAAAGACUUCAACCUUGUUAGGGACUCAACGAAAGGUCCGUCCUGGGUGCCUCCUUGCCCGCAUUCUCCACCAGUAUAAAGCUUUGUUGCUUGUAUAAAGCCUGCGGUAAACUCAGGUGCACUUUUAUUAACAUUUUGGCAACAUAUGGCACUCUCACACACCAAAGGUCUUUUGGUGCCUUGUGAAGUGGGAGAGGGAGGAGCGCAAAAGAUAGUUAGGCGAUCCGUGCUCUGGCAACUCGUUGCACUGUGCAGAGCAGGCUGAGCAGGAGGUGUGCAGGCCGCCGAGGCAGGUGUGUUGAAGAGUUGGCUUCUUCUUGGCAGCAUGUGAGAAAGGGGGCCGAGUCUGUGGGGAGAGAAAGACCGGAAGAAAUAUUACGCAUUGAUCAUCCUACUUAUUGGCAUGCGCCACCAGGGCCUUUUUAUAGAAAGUGGAUGGUAGGUGAUUCACUGUGGCUGAUGCCAGUGAAUUAUGACGGCUCGUUUUUUUUUGAGAAGUUUAUGGUCCAUGGUGCUGAUAGUGCUUUGGAUGUAAUUUUUUCCUGGACGAGUGAGACAAUGCCUUUUUAUGGGGCGCACUGGCUGUAAGCCAGAGUUAAAUACUCAAACCAGCAAGUCUGGCACCAACAACCUUGCCACGGUCCAAGUAAUUGAAAUAGUUUUUUUUUUCCCGUUGUUGUGAUAUUUGAUGUAAACAGUAACUGAUACUUUUCAUUUGUUAUCUGCAUGAUUUUAUGCUUCGUGCUGCUGCCAUAUUAUUGGCUGACUGGAUAAAUGCAUUGAACGAGUACAUUUGAACAAGUGUUCCUAAUUAAGUGGUCAAGUGAGUGCAUAUUUAUUUAUUUCGUCUUUUUAACCUACAGUGUAAUAAACCAUUUAGCUAUUUCCUAAUGAUGUACCAUAUGCACACAUAUCACAAGCGCUUUACUUUCUGACUUCAUUACCGUUGCCGAUUGCUGUUAAAUCUCAGCAGCCUAAAUUUGUUUUGAUGUUAAUUAACAAUUUUCUCUACAGUGUUAAUAUGGUACAUGCACCUUAGUGACAAAGUAUGUAAAUGUUCCCAUUAAUUUCUCAUCAGACAUCAUGUUGUGCAAAGUUUGGAUUCUUCUAUUCCUUCUCCUGUCUAUGUUUUUUUGUCGGCACACAUAUUAAAUCAUACAGCCGAUUGGGUGCUGUUAAAAUGAAAAGGCAGCUGUUUAUUCUGAAAGGUUCCCUGAUACAGGGCUGACACUUACACCUCAGACGAUACUUUUUCCGGUUGGCUUUUUAAACUUUGUUUUGUAAUAAUAAAAAAAUCGGGAGUCAAUAAUAAUGAUAUUUACAUUAGGCGAUAUAGUAUAGGAAAGUUAAUCUGCAUAGUGGAGUGUCAGCAGUUAUGGCUGUUGUGUAUACAGAUAUGUUAACAUAUCAUUUGAAAUCAUUAGAAAAAUGUUUUCAGUCAUACCUCUAUCAUGUCUUUCACCAGUUUUGGUAUAAAUGUCCAUUUUCAUUUUGAGUUUUUUUUAUUCCUAACAUGAUUUAAGACUCAAAUCAAAAUUAAAGCUGUAAAUCUUUACAUUUGCUAGUAGAGUUAUAUUUUAAAACGCAUCUUCCCGUUCCAUAAAUAUAGACAAGCACCCUUACAGCCGUGGCCAAAAGCUUUCAGAAUGAAACAAAUGUAAAUUUUCACAGUCUACAGCUUUUACAUUGUUUUUAUAUCUUUUUGUCAGAUGUUACUAUGGUAUAGGGUUUUCAAUGGGAUUAAGGUCUUGGGAGUUUGCUGCUCAUGGACCCAACAUUUUGAUGCUUUGUUCCCAGAGUUAUCAUUUUCAUUAUCACUUUUUUCCUUAUAGCAAGGUGCUUCAUCAUGCUGGAAAAGGCAUUGUUUAUCACCAAACUGUUCUUGGGUGGUUUGGAGAAGCUCUUUGCAGAUGUUUUUGUACCAUUCUUUAUUUAAAUUGUGAGUGAUUUAAGACUCCCUUGGCUAACUCCACACGUGAAUGGUCGAUCUCAGGAUGCUUUACUGUUGGCAUGAUGCAGGACUGAUGGUAGGCUGACUGGCUGUACUAGUGCAACUUGUCCUUGUAUACCAUCAUUUGGAAACAAUCAUAGAUUCAUCCAUUUGUACAGAAGCCUCUAACCCAGUUCCGUCUAUUUGUUGUAAAAUACUUUACAAUCUGUAAAUCUUUUUAUUACUGACAUUUUUUUAUUUAUUUGAAAUUUCAGUUUUACAUCAGAUGGUUCUAAAUAUUUCACAUUUCUAACACAAACACAAAUCCAGUUGUUGCAGAUGUUGAGUUUUUUUAUUGUGACCACCCUGCGUCUUCUCGGUGUGCUUGCUUUCAUUUAGUAAUCCAGUCUUCCACUUUUCACUCGCGUGCUCAAAUUUUUCUUUGUUGUCUGGUUACAGAGUUCAUCAUAGGGAUGUGACAUUGUGCUAUACAUUUGAAAUGUUUGGGAUUUUAGCUGUAUAUUCUUCUCUUUAUUUAAGGUACACAGACUGUACUGACAGGACUGCAAGGAUCUAAACAUCGCUCAGGCAUGUCCAUGAUGUUAUACAUGCACCUGUUGGUCUUUGUACUCAUGGUGCACAUUUUUGCCCUGUUUGGACCAAAAUUUGUCAUCUUGUAUUACUUAGAAAAGAAGGGGAAAUUAAAGAAAUUGACCAAUCAGUGUUGUUUAUUGAAAAUUAUAUCUUGUCAUGGUCUGCUUAUUUUAGUAUGAUUAGAGAACAUUUCAAGUGCACAUUAGCUUUUCAUAUCUGCAACAACAACAACAAAAAAAAACUAUGAGAGAACACGACCAUGCUAUGAAAUGAGGAUAAGCUCAAAUAUGGGAACAGGG